AUGGUAGCCAAAAUCGACUGUAUGAAGAAUGGGUACCUGGUAGUACCAUUCCAACUUCCCUCGUCUGAUAAACUCAAGGAGUGCGAGAAUGCAUUGCACUACAUGUUUGUGAAAAAGCACCAAUCGAAGAGCGAGCAUGAGCAGCGUUGUCUGUUCUUGGUGAAUUUACCUCUUCUGACACAUAGCGAAAACCUAAAGAAAAGCUUCCAGGAGAUUUGUUCAAGGUCUAACACCGUCGCUCACAUUUCGCAGCUAUUGCAUUACGAUGAGUUUGGACUCAAUGACGUUGAUCUCUCCAGUCUUACUUCGGAUCUUAUGUCUACCGGAGACGCCGAAGAGAAGAGGUUCACUCCAAGAAACACAGCACUACUGCAAUUUGUGGAUGACUCUAGUCUUGAAAAUGCAUGGAAUGCCUUGAAAAAGUACUCCCAAGAUUCACAAGAUGAUAAGUUAGUGACAUGGAGUUUUCGCUCGCCAUCCAUGGAGACUUUCAUCAACUUUUACAAGCCAUUAGACACUGAAUAUUUGAAAACGGACAUUCAUGAGCACAUGGCACUAUUUGAACAGAGGGAAGCGCAGGCCCAAGAAGAGGUUCAGUCAUCUUUGGUAGAUGAAGAUGGAUUUACCUUGGUCGUAGGUAAGAAUACGAAGUCUUUGAACUCGAUCAGAAAGAAAAUUUUCAACAGGAACCCAUUACUCAAGCAUGAGAAAGUUGCGAAACCCCCAUCAAUGGUUGACAAGAAGGCGAAGCAAGAUUUCUAUAGAUUCCAAAUAAGAGAAAAGAAGAAACAGGAAAUUAGUGAAUUACUAAAAAAGUUCAAGCAAGAUCAAGAAAGAGUCAAAGAAAUGAAAUCAAAGCGCAAAUUCAAUCCUUAUUCUUGA